CUUCAAAUCAAUCUUCAAAGCUCAUUUUACAUGCUACAAAAUAGUUAAGAGAUAUCAACAAACACAAUGAAACCAAAAAAAUCCUAAAACCAAAAAUAUACAAACAGAAUUUAUCAAUAAAAAUCAAAAUGGAAGUGUUUAGAUCGGAAAUGUUCUACAUUUUUGUCAGAAACGAGUCAAGUCUUUGGUGGAAUCGUGUAACUGGUGAAUUUUCAGUUCGUUCAGCAUGGGACCUAUCCGAUAUCGAAGAUAUAGAAUGCCUGGGGGUAACCGAAGGAAUAAUUGGAAAAGUGGAACAUUCAAAUAUUUACGACCCGAGACUUAUUGUUAUAAAAGAAAGCGUACCGAUGGGUCAAAUAUAUUUUCACCACACUAUAUACAAAAUAAAAUCUAUAUCCAUUAUUAAUUUGGGAACUACCAAUCAGGAGGUAGACCUGUUGCCAUGCACAAAACACGGUUCUUCUGCGUCAAUAAACAGGUCCAAUAAGAAAAUGGGUGGUCGUUUAUUCGAGAAUUCUGCAUUUUUAAACAAAACAGUGGGUGCAGUGAAAAAUGUAAGCAAUACUAUAAAGUCAACAACUCAGCAAGCAGCUACCCAGGUGAAGCAGACUGUUAAGAAACAAAGGGAUCCGAAAGUUGCCGAAAGAUUUGAGAAACGGUUGACUGAUGAACUACACAAAAUUUUUGAUGACUCUGAUAGCUUUUACUAUUGUCGAACUUUAGACUUGACAAACAGUUUGCAAAGGCAAUAUGACAUAGAGAAGAUUCUAGAUGCAGAGGAGGGUGUGAGUAAGCCAGUCACCGACCUGACCAGGUGGUGGAAACAUGUGGAUGACCGAUUUUUCUGGAACAAAUUUAUGCUGAAGGAUAUAGUUGCACUUGAGAGUCCAUGCUGUGAUGAGUGGGUGCUGCCAAUAAUUCAAGGUUUCAUACAUCUCUCACAAAUAGCCUGUGACCCUCCAGAUGCGAAUCCACUAAACACCGCAUCACUCUCAGGCAGUAGCACCUGUGAUGAAACAUUCACCUUGGGGGUAAUAUCACGACGUUCAAGAUAUCAAGCAGGAACAAGGUAUAACCGUAGGGGUAUAGAGCCUGAUGGAAAGGUCGCUAAUUAUGUGGAAACAGAACAAAUUGUGUCCAUUGUCUGCUCGGACAGUAUACACCGUGCAUCAUUUGUGCAGGUUCGUGGCUCUGUGCCGAUAUUCUGGAGCCAGCCCGACUAUAAAUUCCGACCCCCACCUCGAUUAGAUAGAACUGAAGAGGAAUCCCAAGCGGCGUUUAGGAAACAUUUCGAAGAAGAGUUGAAGAUAUAUAAGCAGGUGUGCAUCGUUAAUCUCGUUGAGCAGCAAGGCCGGGAAAGGAUCAUAUGGGAAGCUUAUGGCAACCAUGUCCUAAAGUACAACAGUCCAGACGUUAUAUACGCCACUUUCGACUUUCACGAGUACUGCCGGGGCAUGCACUACGAAAAUGUUAGUAUUCUGAUCAAUGCGAUCGCUGACGUCAUCGAAGAUAUGCGUUUUUGCUGGCGCGAUAACCGCGGCUUGAUUUGUGAACAGAAUGGCGUAUUUCGAGUUAACUGCAUCGACUGUCUGGACCGCACAAACGUUGUUCAAACAGCAAUAGCGAAGUUGGUGCUGGAGCUUCAGCUGCGAAGGUUGGGGCUCGGGGGCGGAGGACUACCAGCCGCGUUGAGGCAGGCCUUCUUAUCCAUGUGGGCUGACAACGGUGACGUCAUCUCGAGGCAAUACGCUGGCACUAAGGCACUCAAGGGUGACUACACGCGCACUGGUGAAAGAAAGCUUACUGGAAUGAUGAAAGACGGUGUUGCGUCGGCCAAUAGAUAUUACUUGUCGACGUUUAAGGAUGCUCUCCGGCAGGUGGCCAUCGACGUGAUGACGGGCGAGUCUCGAUCCAUCCCCGAGCAGCUUAUCGUGCCCGACUGCAAGUGUCCCACCUCCGUCAAGGUGCUCACCUUCAAUCAAGAACAAUCGGUAGCGGACACGGCGGUCGUGGCCCAACACGUCAAGUCUCUAAUUGACGACUGCAAGAAACUCUUGGUCGAUACGGAACCAGUGCUUGGGUCAUGGGGACUCAUCGAUGCUGAUCCCAAUACGGGCGACCCGCACGAGACAGAGAUGGAUAGCGUGCUGGUUCUGACGAGCGAGGCUUACUACGUGACGGACUACGACGAGACUUCCGACCGACUACUGUCCGUACAACGUGUGCCGCUCAGUGACGUCACCUCGGUAGAACUAGGAACGCUCGACAAUAAUUCCACGAUAUUCAGCGUGGGUCGCAAGAGCAACGCCGAGCCAAUACACUGUAUCCGGAUCAACUACAUAUACAACAACGAGCCUGGCUACUUCCACAUGUUCCGCUCCACCACGCUGCGGUUCUUCAACAACAUGGCUGUCGUGAUCAACACUAACGAUGAGAUGAUUGAAUCGCUGCACUCUAUAUGCGAGUCAAUAAUGGUUGGACGGGAUGUCGCGAAGCUUCCACCGGUACCCUUCUACGAUGGUGUGAAAUUGGAGAAGAGGAAAUCUAAGGUUCAUCCGUGCCAAGGUGCAGGCGGUGCUAGGUCCUCCCUAUACGUGGAUUUAUCCAGGUUGCCUACGCUUGGGCUUACAAGGAACGUUAGCGAAACUCAACUCGUCGCGGACAUUCGGAGCGUGGGAUCGAAAGCAUUGACCAAUAUGAGCGAACAAUUCAGCAAACUUAAUAAAUUGAGUCAUUCGCUUAACGCGCGCGCAAGACCGAGCCUUCAGUUAAAAUUUGAUCAGGGCGCCGCUCGCACUCGCAAAAUGUUCACCCUGGGCCAAAACAAAGACAACAAAAAGAAAGGCAGCCUAUCUGAUGGAAUGAGUUCAGAUUACUCCAGCGAUGAUGACAACAGAACGAAUAUAUUUGAACCGACUUUGGACAAUUUUGAACAUUUGCAACACUACAUCGGCGAUCAGAGAAAGGAAACUGAAGACUGUGACUUGAUACAAAACCCGCUUUACUCGUCCAAAAUUGAAACGCACGAAUCGCCGAGUGCGCCUGCGCCGCAAGAAAUACCGACACUCAAAACGCCGAUGACAGCUAAAAAGAACCCUUUCGAUAAUGAAACAAUUACUCCGGAAAUCCAGGUCGAUUUCGAUUCCAAACCAAACCCGCCUAAUUCGUUGAUGCUGAGCCAAAAAUUAUCCCAAAGUUCGAGUCAUAUUUAUGAGGAAAACCAGGAAGGGGUUAGUUACCAUGUACGCUCCAAUUCUCAACAUGAUAUAUCGUUGAAUAUAGCGACAUCUCAUAGCGAAUCCGCGUUGAAGCAGCUGAAGACUAUCGCCAGUCCCGCGUCGAGUGCCACGAGAGACAUGGUCCUGUCGCCAUUGUCAAAACUUGCGAAAGGUGUACAGACUCUUGGGGCUAAUUUGGAUCCGAGGAAGAUUAAGAGCGCACCCGCAGUAAAACAUAUAAGCGAGCAGCAAUAUGAAGAACACCGCAAACUACAAGAGAAAUGGCAGGGUUGCAACACCCGCCUCGUCGCCCUAUGAGUGUUACCAGAUCUAAAAACGGCUUAGGUAAAUAGUAUUUAAUUUCACGACGGAUAGCGUUGGGUUACCAGUACAUCGCGUUCUUGACAAUGAUGACAUAGAUCAGUGUUUCCCAAAUUGCCCCACAAAGGGACUAUUUGAUAGUUAAAGGGGGCAAUUUCAAAAUGGACUCGACACGUCUUUAACCCUUUCGCUUUGGGUUAUUUAAAUGCUAGAUAUCGGUGACAGAUUUAACAAAAAAGGCAAAUUCCAAGAAUGUGCAAGAAAACUUUUACUACCGUUUCCAUCUUCAUAUUUAGCUGAAUGUGGAUUUAGUGCUGUAAAUUAUUUACUGAUAAAUAAAUAAGUCGACUUGAUGUAACACAACGAGGAGACUUGAAAUUAUAACUAAGUUAAUUGGAACCUAAUAUAAAAUCUCUGUGCAGCAAGCAUUAACCGCAAGGAUCGCACGAAAAAUCAAUAUUAUAAUUAUUUUGAAUUUCAGUUUUUCGUUAUAUGAUUUGAAAUUUUACUUUGCAUUGUUUUGAUAACAAUUUUAUAGUGAUCUCUUCCUAAAACCUAUCAUUUGUAUUUCUUAAGGGGAAAAAAGCAUUUUUAAGGGCUAAAAAUUAUGUAUGGGGGGCUUAAAAAUUUUAGAAAUGUUAAGGUGGGGCAUGGCCUAAAAAAGGUUGGGAAACACUGAUAUAGAUUAACAAAUAGUUUUAUUGUUAAAGAAAUUUAUUAUAUUUGUUAUUGCUAAUUAUUAUUGGAAUCAAUUUUGAAUUUAAUAUAUCAAUCAUGUAUAAUUUCAGUUAAUUAAAAAGCCAUCUGUUACCCCUUCCGUGCAACUGCCGAAAUAGUAUUUUUAGUGAAAAAUGUUACCUCAAAGGCCAGAUUUUAAUUUGUGGUACAAAUUGAAGUAGUUGAUAUGUGUACGUAUUAAGUUUGAUUUUAUUGAAUUAUUGUAUUAUGAUACUUAUAGCAAUGAUCUAAUUAUUUAUUGUAAUUUAAUGAUAAAGCAAAGAUAUUAGAGAGAUUUGCUUAGUAUGGCGCUAAAAUGGCGCUUUAUAAAAAGAUUUUUGUUUGAUGUUUGAUCUAUGAAAAAAAAAUGAACUUCAGCGAUGAAAAGUAAUCCCAAUAGGCUUAUCAAACAUCAAAUAGUUCGCGAUGGAUGUUUGAUAUUGUGGUCAAAUAAUAAUUGACGAUAGAAUCCAAAGAUUUCUACCAAUUGGUAGAUUUUAUAAUGAUAUCAAUCAUAACCAAUUGUAGAAAAUUGUUCGUUGUUGUAUUAAUUGUAAAAUGUCCAAUAAAAGCAACGCAGUCAUUGCCAAUCUAUUAUAAAUGCAUUUGCUUAAUUAGCUCAUAUGUUAGAUCAAUUUAUAUUAUAUAGUAAAUAUAGUUUAAUUAAAUUUCUCUAGUUCCAGAAAACUGCAAUCCAUUGAUGUAGAAAACUGUAGUUAGAAAUGUCGUAAUUCGAUACAAUCUUAAAUUGUGGACUUAAUAUUGAUUUCAGGUUUUUUUUUUAAUAUGUGAUAUUAUUUUAUGUAUAUUGUUUAAACGAAUUAGAUACUUAUUGAUAGAAAUAUAGCGUCAAUUAUGUAUUUAAGUCGUAAGGGCGGCUACAUACUACCCCACCGUAAGAGAAGCCUUAAAUCAUUUAUACGUAUAGAUAGACUGUGACAGCUGUAAAAACGUGGAAUAAAAAAUAGAGGUUGACUGUUGACCUCUAUUUUGAGCAAUGCACGUAUCACAAAGUGACAUACAAAUCGCGAGUGUAAGACGUAACUUGUUACGCACACUAAAGGAAUAAACCUGGCCUGUUUUCAUCGGUUGUCUAGCAGCAAGAGGCACUAUCUAGACGUAUAAAUUAUCUAAGUGUAAUUAUUAUAAUUAUGUGAUUAUCUUUAACAAAUCUGAUUUUCUGCGUAAAUUUGAUUUUUUCUCGAAAUAGUUGGUAGCAUUAACGAACAGUUUUCGUAAGGCACCCAUCAUGCCUAUUGGCAAAAAACUGGGCUUGGCGAUUUUUGCUUAAGCCACAAAUUGAAAUGAAAUUCCAUUUUUGGUAAAAAAUUAACUAUCAAUCAAUCAAUCCGUUGAUCUCGUGUAUGUUUAUGAGAAACACAUAGGAGUGAGGAAUCCCUUGUUUUGCUAUUAAUUAUUACUACCUAUUCUUGUUAUUCUAGUUUACACGUUGAGAUUAAAAUGUCAAUUAUUAUAAUGAGUACUUAUUAUUAUUUAUAUUUUCGUCGUGUAGAAAUGUAGAUGGAAGAUGAACACUCACUGACCUCUACUUUAAACCCCUAGACUGGCGGCUGUUAAAGUGCUUUUGUGCCUGUUUGAUAUUCGCCAUUUUGGCGCUGUUGUCCAUGUCGCGAGAGUCUGCGGUACUAAAACUAGUGAUGACAACCUCAGCUAAACAAACAUCGAUAGGAAAACUAUUUACAAAUAAUAUUUUCAACUUUAUAACAUUAAUUCUUGAAGUAUAAAUAACAGGGAAAACGAACGAAAUUCAUUCAAAAUGCAAAAAUAUUUUAGAGUAUUUUACGUUCCUUUGCAGCCAUUUGUAUUAUACGUCAAAUUAGUUCUCUGGACGCUCGCAAGGGCGCUUCAAAUAGGCACAAAAAAUUGCUGUCAAACAUAAGGAACAGCCUGUCCAGUGGUAUUUAUACAGGUUAGUGUGAACACUUGAUUCGCUGUCAGCGUAUGUAAAUGAGAUAGCGAUAGUCCGUGACGUGUGAUAUGUUUUCAUGUUUCCGGACGAUUGUGCAACGUAAUAGAUGACAACGUCUUAUAUUUAAAUAAUAACUGAAUUCACACCAAAUCACUCGAUUACUUAUUAACAGUCAGAAUUUAUUCAAUUUGAAUUUAAAUUAAGUAGUAUUGCCUAACCAUUGGUAGGCUCCUUUGCACAGCAAGUCGUCUAGUUUAUGGGUAUCACAACGGAGCCUACUUCUGCCGAGAAGCAGACAUGUGUAAACAUUACUGUGUUUCGGUCUGAAGGGCGCCGUAGCUAGUGAAAUUACUGGGCAAAUGUGACUUGACGGUGACGACCGCAGUUGUAGUGCCGAUCAGAAUUUUUGGGCUUUUCAGGAAUCCAAAACGGCACUGCAAUGUAAUGGGUAGGGCGUAUAAAUAACCAUCAGUGGAACUCCCUGCUCGUCUCGUCCCUUAUUUUCAUUUUAACAAAAAAUAUUGCACCACGGCUACCAUUGUUUGUUGGGAACCGAUGAACCGGGUCCACCCAAAAUAAUUUGCAUACGUGAAAGUGAUAGUAGAUAUUGUAGUGUGUCUCGCUUCCUCUCAAUACCAAUCUAAUUUAUGUGUCUCUGUCACAUGAUUAUUGUUAUUUCAGUGACCCAUCCAUUGUUCAUCUUCUAUCUACGUUUACAAAUAUGUAUUUGACAGCAAUGUACCUAAUUUAAUUUAUUUGGCACAUUACAAAAUGUAUAUUCCUAGAUGAAAAUAAUGCAGUAUUAUAAUAUUGUAUAGCAUAGAAUAGAAAAUUAGGAAAUUAUAAUGAUGUUUAUAUUCUACUAAAACUUAAGGCGUUUUGUAAAAUACGUUUGCGGCGGUGAGUGUAACCUAAAUAUUGUUAUUCAAAUCUCAAAAGCUACAUUAGAAUUAAUAGGUACAUCAUAAUUGGUAAUCUAUUAAUUUGGCUCUUAGACUAUGUCAUUAUCACUAGCUAAAAUUGAUGUAAUUGAUACCCUCUGUUAUAAAAAAUACUAAAAUUACUGACUUAUUCGAUUAUUAUUCAAUUCUCAUUAGCUACAAGGGGUUUAGACUUUAGAAGAUAAAUUGUUAAUUGGGUAUGAUAUCACAUAGAUACAUAACUAUAAAUUAUUGGCUUAUUCAAUUAAUAUUUAAUUUUCAUUAGCUAGAAUGGAUAAAACAGCUAUUUUUAUACUAGACACAACCCAUACUAGAAGUGGUAACAAAUAAAUACAAAAUUUAAAUUAUUAACUUAUUCAAUUUAUAUUCAAUUUUCAUUAGCUGCAAUGGAUUGAAUAGCUAUAUUUUGUACUAGAUACGAUAUAUACUGGUAAUGGUGAAAUACAAAAUCAUAAUUAUUGACUUAUGAAGUCUUAUUCAAAUUAUAUUAGUUCUUAUUAACUAUAAUGGAUUUGAUGCAUUGUAUAUAGCUGCAGGUGAAAAAUAAACAAAAAUUGCUUCUAUUAUUAAAGUCUCAACAGCCACAACAGAUUUUAUAGAUAGAUAUGCAUUCAUAUUGUGAUAGCUAUUUUUGGAUUCAAGGCAAAUUAUUGGCUAAUUCAAAUAUUUUACUAUUAUUAAGUAGAGUUUAUAAACAAAAUUAAUUUAGAGAAUUCUAAAUUAUUCGUAUUCGUAUGGUCGUCCUAUUUCUAUUAAAGAAGUUUUAUUAUUUUAAGGUGCGUAAAGACCAGUGAAAUGUAUCAUGAAAUGUAACAUCCUUCCUUUCAUUGCGUAUUUGCUGCUCACUACGAUGCUAUUCAGCCACGGACGCGCCCCUUUGUGUUCGUUCGAAAAACCGUAAAUCAGGGAUUGCGCCGCGGACUGCUUGUAAUGCUCGUAGCAAGGAAAUUACAUUAUGACAAUAAGGGACGAGACGAGCAGGACGUUCAGCUGAUGGCAACAGAUGUGCUCUGCCCAUUACAAUACAGUGCAGCUCAGGAUUCUUGAUAAACCCGAAAAUUCUUAGCGGCACUACAAAUGCGCUCAUCACCUUGAGACAUGAGAUGUUAAGUCGCAUGUGCCAAGAAAUUUUACUAGCUAUUGCGCCCUCUUGACCGAAACACAGUAAUAUUUACACAUUUCUGCUUCACGGCAGAAAUAGGAGCCGUUGUGGUACCCAUAAUCUAGCCGGUAUCCUGAGCAAAAGGGGCUACCACUGGUGAAACUGUGAGAAAUUGAUAUCUUUCAUGAUACAUUGCAGCUAUGUGUACGUCAAAAUAUUUUAUUGCAUGAUACACUACACCAAUCUGUACGCACCAUUAGCUAAAAACACUCAUGUAAAAAUAAAAAAUCGCUAACCGCCACAAACGUAUUAAAAUUUACUCCAAAGCAAGCGAAGUCACAAUGUUGCCUAUGUUUGUACAUACACAUUUUGUAAUGCAAUGCUUUUUAUAGACAAUCUAUUCUCUAAUCUGUAUACCUUUUCUAACAGUGUAUUGCGAAUUUGAAAUAUAUUAUAUACUCCCUUAUUAACCCUUAUACAAAGUAAAAUGUUUAUAGAUUUGUAUCAGUAUUUAUAGAACUACCCACAUAAAGGAGAUAUUUCAUUUAUGGGCUAGCUUGUCUGCUAUUUUAUUGUAUAUUAGUAUAGAAAAUAAUAUCGUAGAGGUAGAGAUGUGUAAUUUCGAAUUUCUGUAUGUCCGUUAGUAUAAUUUCAGAGUGUUAAUGAUUGUUCUUUAGAAUAUACAUUCCGUGUAAUAAGAGAAGCUCAAGUAGACUUAUGUAUCCUUUCCAUAGAAAAAUGGUAUAAAUAUUAAAGAGGCUUCCUACAUAAUAUCUAUACAUAUUUAAAAAAAUAUGAUUUAACGAAACCUUAUCACUAAUAAUCUACGUUAUAAUCUGUUAAAGAGCCUAUUUUGAAUUUAAAAAUAAUAUCUAAUUUAUCACUUUAAAAUCACGGACUAGUAAAAAAUAAGGACUCCGUGUCACCUAACAUUGUAGCACCAAAACAAGCUGAUAAACGUGUAAAUACAUAGCCCCACGCACACACUCACACUACUACAGGCCGAUAGGCGGCCAUUAUGAGAAUUGUCAUCAUCUGUGACAGAUCACUUUGCGUCUCAAUAAAAUAUUUUAAAAAUGCCGUCGUGCGUUGUGAAAAAGUGUAAAAACGAUACUAUAUAAGUAUUAGUGGCCAUAUAUGAUUAUUUCAGGGAGCAAAAAUAGUGCAACUAGUAUCCCCCGUAACCGCACACACACUAGCAUAACGGUGCUUCACUUGCUAAUAUCACGGCGCGAGGUCCUUCUUUUUUUACUCGUCCGUGUUUAAAAUGUACUCGAGCAUAUUUUAAGUGUUAUUUGAUCAUGCUAUUGUUCACUGCAAUAGGCUAUUUUUCAUUUUUUUAAAUAUAUUCAGAAAUUAUCGUAAAGAUUCUAUGAUAGCCUAGAUUUAAUUCCUUAAAAUUAUUCCAAUUUAUGCUUAGAAAAAUUGUUUUAAAUUUAAACGAUAAAGAAUGCGCCAAUGAAUGUUACUCAUGUUGUAAUAACAAAUUAGAGUUUUUUUCUUAUGGUAAAAACUCUAUAAAUAACUAACAUUUAUAAUUUAAUUUUGAUAGAGUAUUUAUUUUAAUAGAAUUGACAUAUUGAUAAAAUUCUUGCAAUAUUAAUUACUCAAAAAGUAUUUUAUAAUCAUCAACGCCAGCGCCCGCGCUGGCGAACCGCUUCCGAGCUCAAGCACGUAGUGCAAGAAUGGGACGCGACCGCGAACUCAUCUCACUCACCCUGAUGAAGGACCCUCGAUAAGUCCGAAACUAGUCGGUGCCUACACCUAGAUAACGUGAGCUAAGCCGUUUCAAAUAUUAUAUUAACUAGUUUAAUUAUUGUAUUUAUUUGACUCACGAAAAUCUUUGGCGGGCGUUUAUGGAGCAGUUCUAAUAAAUUAUUGGGUAAUAAUGUUACAUUAUUUCUACAAAAUGUGUAUAAUUGAAUUACGGUUAUGCAUUGGCUACUAAAUUUUUCAAUGAUCGGGUGUUAUUUCAGCGUGAGCGAUAAACAGAUAUGAAAAGAGUUGAACAAAGCAAACAGAAUUUUAUAAUGAGGCGGUACCCGAACGGUUAGCUCAGUUGGUUAGAGCACCGGCACGGAACGCUGGAGGUCGUGGGUUCGAAUCUCGCAUCGUUCAUAAAAUUUUGUUUUUCAAAUUUUAUUUGUGUAUUAAUCCUAGAAGUGAGGGUUAUCACUUUAAAAACAUAACAUAUUGUUUAGAUAUGAAAAAAUUGCAAAUGUAAAAAUAUAUCAAAGACAGAAUACAUCAGCGUAAACAACCUGUCAACUCGGUAAUGCGUCACAAACAAUUGGUUUGUAAAUGUUUGCGUUAGCAAGUUGUUUAAUAUUCAAAAUACUAGCUAAGAAGCUAAUUCCGAGUGUGGCUGACUGUUUACGACUUAUUAGUCAAAAUGAGUUAUAUAAACAAUAGAUUCGCUUACUUUUUCAUUGGGUGUUUAAAUGUUGGCAAUAAGCUGUUUCAGAAUCUUUAAUAGAGGAUCUAAAGCAAGGGUAUAGAUAAAAAAAAAUUCUCACUAACAAAAUACUAUGAUGCGCAUACCGUUAAAUGUUAAACUAUAGAUAAAACUUUUAAAAUAUAAUGCUUCGGUUGCUGUUUCGCUUAGAGAUAAGUUUUUUUUGUAAAUUUGUAUUUUUGUCAGAGAUAUGUGGGUAACCAAUUAACUACAGGCAUAUUUUUCAUGAAUAACGUCACUUCCAUUACAUUCAAAUGAAAAUAAAAUCAUUCUUUACAUCCCGAGGCUACAGAUAUAAAAAAUUUCGACGUUUUUUCUGAUGAGACGUAAUUAAAAACAUAUUAUCAUUGACUUACAAUCAACAACUCCUAAUCGCCAAUUAAAAGGUUGUUAUAAUAUUUCCGUGCGUAGUUGUAUAUACGUACACAAUACACAUAUACAGAUAACAUUAAAACAUUAAGUCAAAUUAACACCUUAUUUCGUGUCAGUAAUGUUCAAAGUCUAUUGUAUACGCUCAUAAGAAGCUCGGAACACGAGAUAAGAACAUAUUGUUUUAGCAAUUGACAUGUAAUUAUUUAGCAAAGUGAUUAAAAACGUCAAGUUAUUUGCGUUGUUAAUUUAAAGUGGCACUUACCUGAAAAUCGACACUCCAUCCAUUUUAUGUUUCGAUAGUUUUUCAUUGCGUGGCGUUGUAUUCAAAGCGCGGUCAAAGCACAACUGAACGAAAACUCUGCCUAAUAGACGCGUAAGCAGAGUUUUGCUUCAGACAAUGUUUGAGUGUGAUUGUGAGUAGUUGUUUAUUGUACAUCAAUGUUAUGUUUACUCACAUUAUGUUAAAACAAGUAAAACUUUUUGGACGAUUCUGCAAUACACGAAUGCAACGAUCUGUUGAUAUACAAAAGGCAAGAAAUAAUCUUGUGUUUCUUCUGGUUUUCCAAGAGUACAUCACGUGACCUAUCCUGCUAGUAGCACCAUUCUAUAAAGAAGCAAUGUUACGUAGGUAUGUAUCAGUUAUCUAUGACGAAAAUACAAAUAAUUUGACUCCUGUUGCCAAUAGCUAUAAUAAAACGUGUGUAUUGCGGGCUAUGAAUUCAUGAACAUAAUUUAAAUUGUGUUAUACUUAUAUAUUUGAUUCAAUCUGUGAUUAUUGAUUUAUAGAUACUUAUUUAUUAAAUUGCCUUAGAUGAC